UUUCGAUUCUCCGAUUUCUUUCAACGGGCUUCCAGGUUUUCCACGAACUCGCACGGCAUCUACAAACAAGACGCUUGAUCGCCGGGGACAGUAUCUCGCUGGAUCAGGACAAGAGUUUCUACUGCGUGAUCGACGGGAUGGUGCAGGUGUUUGCACACGCCGGCCAAGAGACGGAAGAGCGAGUCGGUGCAUGGGAGAACGAAGAGAUGAAUGGAUACCAACUACUGAAUGAGGUUGGGAGCGGCGGCACCCUGUCCAGCCUGUUCACCAUCCUGUCUCUGUUCACGGAGGACGUGAAAAUGAGCUGGCAGGAUGACCAUGAUGACUCGGAGUCGAUUUUGAGUGGGGGGCUGUCGAUGAGCUCGCCGGGCACGGCCAAACGCUUCAGACGGAUGUCCAGUUCGUCAUCGGCUUCCACGGUGCAUGCCGACGAGAUCGCACCGCGCUCUGGAUCGAUGUCGCCCUUGUUUGUGGGCGAGCCAAGCAGCUACCGAACUCCGCCUCUAACGCGUCCGACGCCCCCUCCCGAUCGACCUGCCAACCUCUAUCGAGGGCUGGUGGCCAGAGCAACAGAGGACACAACCCUCGCCGUGAUCCCUGCUGAAGCAUUCCGUCGAUUGACGAAGAAGUUUCCUAAAGCUACGGGACAUAUCGUGCAAGUUAUUGUCACUCGCUUCGCACGCGUCACUUUCAACGCGGCCCACAAGUACCUCGGGCUGACAUCUGAAAUCCUGCGCACGGAGCUGGCGAUGAACGAUAUUGCCUGCCAUCCCCUGCCGGCGUCGUUUUAUGAAGGCGGUGGAUUAGAGCAACUGCGGCAGCGGUUUGAUGGCGGGAAAAAGACACGGGAAAGCGCCGACUACUUUUCCUCCAACGAAAGUCUGUUUUCGUCCCGACCGUCGUCUGAAGAAUCUGUCCGGACUGCACCGACAGAAAAGGCGGCACCGCGUCCCAUGUCGACUGCACCGCUGCGGUCGCAUUCGCGGCAGAGCGUGAAUGCAGGCGAUCUCAUGACAUCAACCGCUCAGCUCAACGACACGUAUCCUGCCCUCAAACGAACGUUCAGCAUCCUGAACACUCCCCUCAUCACCCGGCAAACCCCGAUGCUUUCGGACGCGAUCCACGGCCGCAGCUCGUCGAGUGUGUCGCUCGACUCCGACUUUGAUCUGCGGGACGAGGUGAUGAGCUGCAUCGCCAAGUCGAUCGGACUGCUCCAGCCUCCGCUGGUCGCGUCGGAAAGCGUCGAGGCGUCUCCUGCAUUCCUGCCGUACGAUGCUCAGCCGGGCCGCCGCUCCUCGUCAGAUCUUUUCUCUUCGUCGUUCGGCAGCCUCUCGUUGCUGGACAUCGGCGAUGACGGCUCGAGUCUGACCGGCGGUUCGUCGACUGUGGCCUCUGGCGACGACUACUUGAGUGGCUUGGACAACGAGGUCGAGAUCCUGUUCUUUCCUGCGGGCAGUUCCCUAGCUAAAGCAGGGGAGCUGAACACGGGUUUGUUCUAUGUCAUCGAGGGUUUUCUGGAUAUUCUCCUGCCUCAGAACGAAGCCCACAUCCGCAAGAACCCCCAGAGCUCGACGCCGUCGGUGGCCGAUGCCGAGCCGUGGCGAACACCGGGGAAAAAGACCAACCAGAACGCACAGAAGCUGCUGUUCACAGUCAAGCCCGGAGGGAUCGCUGGUUAUCUAUCGGCACUGUGCAACACCGCUUCCUAUGUGGAUAUCAAAGCGAAGACAGAUGCGUAUGUUGGCUUCUUGCCUUCUAAUGCACUCGAACGAUUGCUCGAGAAACGUCCGAUCGUGUUGCUGACUUUGGCAAAGCGGCUCAUAUCGCUGUUGUCUCCGCUACUCCUCCAGAUCGACGCCUCUCUUGAUUGGAUGCAGGUCAAUGCUGGACAAGUCCUCUGGCGUCCCGAAGAUGUCAGCGACAGCUUUUACAUUGUCAUCAACGGUCGUCUGCGCGCAAUAGCCGAAGACGACAGCGGUGUCGUGAGCAUUCUGGGUGAAUAUGGCCAAGGAGACACCGUCGGUGAACUGGAUGUGAUCACGACAUCCCCCAGACGCAGCACCGUGCAUGCCAUUCGUGACACGGAGCUGAUUCGGAUGCCGCAGACGCUGUUCAACGCGAUCAGCUCCCGGAAUCCAAAGACGACGGCGCAGCUGCUCCGGAUGAUCGCAUCGAGAGUGAGAGACGAACUGGACACUUCAUCGACUCAGAAUGCGACCCGGUCGGACAACAACAACUUGAAGACAGUAGCUGUGCUGCCUGUCUCGCGAUCGAUCCCCAUCGACGCAUUUGCCCGCAAGCUCCAGAGUGCACUGGAGGGCAUCGGUGCGACGACGUCGUAUCUGAACCAGGCCUCGGUCUCGCAGCAUCUGGGACGACAUGCGUUCACGAGGAUGGGAAAGCUGAAGGCUGCGGGGUGGCUUGCGGACCAAGAGCAGAAGUAUCGCACGGUGCUGUAUGUCGCAGACUCUCCUGUCAACAGCUCGUGGACACAGACGUGUAUCCGACAAGCGGAUUGCGUGAUGGUUGUGGGAAUGGGCGAUGAUCCGUCUAUUGGCGAGUACGAGCGGUUGUUGCUGUCGAUGAAGACCACUGCGAGGAAGGAACUGGUGUUGCUGCAUCCCGAUCGGACCGUUGUUCCGGGGUCAACACGUGAAUGGCUCAAGAACCGACCAUGGAUCUACCAGCAUAUCCACGUCGAGCUUCCGGGUCUGGUUCUCCCUAUCCCCAAACAACCUCCUUCGAAUCCCAAAGACCCAGACGCGGUGACGACCUUCAAGAAUCUGAAAGACAAGGUGCAGCAUGAGAUACAAAAGUUCCGGAAGACGGCGGCGAGUGAUCCGCGACCGCAACGGAUGCCGCAAGCCAACGACUUUGCGCGUCUCGCGAGGAGAUUGUGCGGGCGGAGCAUUGGGCUUGUGCUUGGAGGUGGCGGAGCGAGGGGGAUUGCGCACAUUGGUCUGAUCCGGGCUCUUGAAGAGUAUGGCAUUCCGAUCGACCAUAUCGGGGGCACGAGCAUUGGUGCGUUUAUCGGGGGUCUUUAUGCGAGAGAGGGAAACGUGAUCUCGGUUGCUGGCCGUGCGAAACAUUUCAGUGGGCGGAUGGGCAACAUCUGGCGGAUUCUGUCUGAUGUGACGUACCCGAUUGUGGCGUACACGACCGGGCACGAGUUCAACCGCGCGGUGUACAAGGCGUUUUAUGACCUGCACAUCGAGGACAUGUGGCUGCCAUUCUUCUGCAACACGACGAAUAUCAUGACGUCGCGGAUGGACAUCCACGAGAACGGUUACGCGUGGCGGUUCAUCCGGGCAUCAAUGACUCUGAUCGGACUGCUGCCUCCGCUGUGCAAUAACGGGGAGAUGCUCGUCGACGGCGGUUAUGUGGACAACUUGCCGGUGACGACCAUGUUCUCUAUGGGAGCGAGCACCGUCUUCGCGUGCGAUGUCGGCUCGCUUGAUGACAACACACCGCGCAAUUUCGGCGACUCUGUCUCCGGCUGGUGGCUGCUGAUCAACCGGUGGAACCCGUUCUCGGACGCACGGCUGGUCCCGCCGAUUACCGAGAUCCAGAGUCGGCUCGCCUAUGUUUCGAGUGUCAAGACAUUAGAGGAGGCGAAAGUCGCGAAGGGUUGUUUAUAUAUCGGGAUGCCUGUCCAAGAUUACGGAACUCUUCAGUGGGGCAAAUUCGAGGAGCUCCAGCUGAAGGGCUACGAGGCUGCAUGUGGGAUCCUGGACAAGAUGGACGAGGAGGGCAGGCUGCCGCCAGCACUGAUAGAAGGGAAGCAUGAUUUGUCCGGCCACAGAGGGCGGAGGAAAGGGAAGAGCGCCCGGAGGAAUUCCAUAUAGCCAACAGUGCUCCGUAGGAAUAUCAUUUAGGAUAAGAAGUGUAAGAAUCUGGAGUGCAGAGAGUACUUGUAGACUUGUGUCAUGCUACUGCAGCAGGUGUGUCUGCAUCUACUAAAUUAGUUGACGUGUGAUCGGAUCGAUGUGAGACUCCUUGGCUGCUCCAUGCGGUCAUCUCCGUCUCAGACCUCGGG